AUUGUAUAUGUAUGAAUAUUCUCUGUCAAGUCAAAUUUGCAAUUCUUUAGUUCCCAAUUAAUAUUAUUGUACUAACAUCGUUAAACAUUAUAUAAUAUAUAAUUUAGUUACAAAUCUCUACGAAAAUUCUGGUAGUUAUUGGGAAUGUAGGAGAUAAAAAUCUCUUCACCAUGUGAAUAUACUGCUAUGUGACAAACAUAUGUUUACCAAUAUAAUCAUGCUUCUGAUCAUAUGAUGGGAUGACGAAAAGGAUUUUCCAAGAAGCCAGUAUGGGUGCUGGAGUUUCUUCAAAUGAAUAUCCUAAUUUGGAAGUUCAAAAUUAUCCAGGAGUGAUGAUAAAGGAGAGACGGAAAAUGCGCAUGUCGGGUUUUGCUACUUUGCGUAAAAAACUGAUUAAACGCCGCCGCUAUUCUAAAGUUUGUAAUCAUGAUAGAGUUAUUAGAGAACUAAUAUCAGACUGGUCUCCAGCUGAAGUAACGGCUCUUCUAGAAGAAUAUGAAGCUUUGGCUGCUUUAAAAGAUUUAUCAGUGCAAGCUGAAUUGGCUCGUCCUCCAGCUGCCACAUUUAAACAAGAUUUAUCUACAUUAUAUGAUCAUAAAUAUUGUACUGAUGUUGAUCUAAUUUUUCGAGGUGUUUGUUUUCCUGUACACAGGGCAAUAUUAUCUGCUAGAUGCCCAUACUUCCGUGAUUUACUUAUGGGAUGCCCAGGCUAUGGAACCAAAAUAUGUUUAGAUUUAAGAACUCCUGGAGUUAAUGUAGAAAUGUUUUCAGCUUUACUACGAUUUUUAUAUACUGGGGAUAUAGUUCCAAGAGAUGGAGAUAUAGAUUUAGCUUUGUUAAGAAGACUUGGAGAUGAACUGGGAACACCUAAUGUUUUAGAAAGUGAUUUGAGGUAUUUAUUAGAAACUGGAGAUUAUGCUGAUGCUGCUCUUGUGUUUAUACCAGAAGGUUAUUCAGAUCGUAGACCAGAGUCUACUGGAUCUGAAUAUGGCUUUCAGCCAAAAUUAGAGUUGCCAUGCCAUAAGUCUAUAUUAAGUGCAAGAUCUCCAUUCUUCAGAAAUCUCAUACAACGAAGAACUAAAUCUGGCGAAGAACAUACUGAAAGAGCGUUGCACAUUCCUACAAGAAUUGUAUUGGAUGAAUCAGUGAUUCCCAAAAGAUAUGCUAGAGUAUUAUUACAUGCAAUUUAUUUGGAUACUGUUGAUUUGUCACUAAUAUUAAGAGGUUCUGGCAGUGGAUCUUCUGCUGGCAGUUUGAGUGAAGUUGAAGCUUUAACCAAUACUGGCCGUGUUAGGCCAAGUCCAUUAGAUGAAGCAAUGGAAUUAUACCAAAUAGGCAGAUUUUUAGAAUUAGAAAUUGUAUCACAAGGUUGUGAAGACCUUAUUUUAGAAUGGUUGACCUUAGAAUCCCUUCCAGGAGUACUUAGGUGGGGAAAUUUGCCUCAUGGUUCUUCCUGGGUUCAUCGCCAAGCUAAACAUUUUCUAAGGGAAGAGUUUUCUCAAGUGGCUAAUAGUACUGUUCUUUAUCAGCUUGAUAAAUCACAUUUAAUUGAUUGUUUGAAGAGUAAUUUUUUACAAUCAAGUGAGCUUGAAGUUUUACAAGCUGUUUUGAAAUGGGGUGAACAUGAACUUAUACGACGAAUGGAAGAUAGAGAACCAAAUUUAGUUAGUCAAACAACUCAUUCAGUGAGUCGUAAAGGUGUUAAAAAACGAGAUUUGAGUGAUGUUGAACUUCGUGAAAUUUUAUCUGAUUUAUUACCUUUGGUACGUAUGGAUCAUGUGAUACCGAGAGAACAUGAUACACUAGUUCAAGCUAUAAGGCGUGGUUUAGUAAGCACACCACCAAGUCAUAUGAUUGGCAAUGAUUCACUAGUGACAUCCCACCAAAUGUCACGAAUUAAUGCUUGGAUAAGACAUCCUUCAGGACUUUAUGUUAGACCUAGAUUUUUUGUACCAUAUUAUGAUGAAAUUAAAGCAUUAUUUGAAGAUCAAAUGUUAAGAGAAGACGAAGAACUUGUACGUAGAACAAGAUAUAUGCCAGAUGGAAUACCUGACACUUUAUAUAUGAUUGAAGAUAAGUCAGCACCAUCAACUUAUGGUCUCUCAUCACUAGAUGUUUUAACAGCUUCAAUUCCUACACCGGAUACAUCAACAAUGAAUGCUAUGAUCAAAAGGGAUCAAAAAUUAAGAUCUGCUCCAGGUUGCCAACGUGCCUUAUCACUACCAUUAUCUAGUCGCCAAGAAAUCAAUCAUCAAAUAAGAUUAAGAGUUGUGCGUGAAUUCAAUUUACCUGAUCCUGUUGCAUAUCUUUUGGAAAAAGCAGCAAGUUCCGUUUGUUAUUGUGGUGGUGGUGGUGGUUCUGAUGAAAAACCUAAAGAUGGCACAAAAUCUCGUAGUACGCGAGCAAGAAAAGAAAAACGAAAAGGGAUAGCAACUAGUACACUUCCCUCAGUAUAUAAUCAACAAAAAUCAAGGAAACCACAGAGAUCAUUUGUUGUAAAUGAUACAAUUUCUUCUUUACGCUAUACUAAUUCUAGAUUCAAUGGUGGUGAUUUUGAAGUUAAAGAUGAGCAGAUAAUAAUGCCAGAUGUUGCAGCUGUUUCUCUUUCUUUAGAUCAAUUAAAUAUAUGUCCAACUGUUAGGCCUGAUACUGAGUUACGUUUAGAUUUAGGUGAUAGUUCACCCAAUCAAUCACCUUAUAAAACACCACCUCCUCCUAAACAUUUUAUUUGAAUUUUAUCAAAAUUACAUUAAAUGGUGCUUGUAAUAGAUCAUCUAUUGAAAAUUAAGCAACACUCUAUGAUAUGAUAGUUUUCAAUAAACACUUAUAUUCUUAUUUUUGAUAUACAGUCCUUUUGUUUAUU